GCUGAAAGGUAAAAGUGUGUUUCGCUGUCAAACUAUCUUACCGCAUUUUACGCGUUCCUCGGUAACUCCUCACUGUUGUUUCCGCUUCGUUCAGGAUCUGAACAGCAGCCAUGAAGGUGUUCGUGGUGCUUGCACUUGCGGUUUUCACUGGCUGUCACGCCAACCUUCUAUGGGCUGAUGAACCCAAGCCGCAACUGGAAUUGGUGAAGGAUGCAUUCUGGGAUUAUGUUGCAAAAGCAACACACACUGCAGAGGACACUCUAAAGAUGAUCAGAGAGUCUCAGCUUGGCCAGGAAGUCAAUGCCAGGAUUGCAGAGAGUGCAGAUGCUGCCAGCCAGUACACCAUGGCUCUCCGCAGUCAGCUGACCCCCUUGGCCCAAGACAUGUUGACUAAGAUUUCUGCAGAAGCAGAACUCCUGAGGAAACGUCUGGCAGAGGAUUUGAGCUCUGCCAGGAGUAAGCUGGAGCCCUUUGCUGAGGACCUGAAGGCCAAAAUUCAGGAGCGGGUGGAACUUCUGAAGCAGGAGAUGGCCCCUUACGCGGAGUCCCUGGACACCGAGACCCUGAAGGCCACCGUGCUCCAGAAGAGCGAGGAGUUGAAGGGAAGCCUUGAGCAGAGCGUGAAGGAGCUGCAGUCCAAACUGGGUCCGUAUACAGAGGAUCUGAGGGAGAAAGUGGACCAGCGCCUGCAGGAAUUUCAAAAGAGUGUGGCUCCAAUGGCUGAGAACAUCCAGAACCAGAUGAUACAGAGAGCAAAGAUGGUCCAGCAGAGUCUGGCACCUUACGCUGAAGACCUGAGGGCGAAGCUCAACCCCUACGCUCAGGACCUGAAGACUCAGCUGACAUCACUUUGGGAAUCGUUCACCAAGCGUACUAGUGGGGGGUCUAUUCCACUCAUCAACCCGCCUACCGGAGAGUCAACACUGGUUCUACAGCACCACCAGAUGAGGACCACCCUGAAGAAAGUUAACGCGGGCAAGACGGCAGGCCCAGAUGGAGUGCCCGGCUGGCCGGAGAGAAUUGGCAGCCACACUUCCUCCACCCUCAUUCUAAACACAGGAACCCCACAAGGCUGUGUGCUGAGCCCCAUGCUCUUCACACUCUUCACCCAUGACUGCAACCCCCUCCACACCUCCAACUCUAUAAUUAUAUUCGCAGGUGACACCACGAUAGUUGGGCUGAUUUCAGACAAUGAGGAGAUGGCCUACAGGCUUGAGGUGGAACAUCUGGCUGGUCUUUCAGCUCCAUAUAAACACCAGCAACCACUAGCAGACAGACACACGGAGACUGGGACACCCAGAGAGACUCCAACAGCCAUGAAGGUGUUUGUAGUGCUUGCACUUGCAGUAUUUUCUGGCUCUCAUGCCAACCUUCUAUGGGCAGAUGAGCCCAAGACACAACUGGAACAGGUGAAGGAUGCAUUCUGGGAUUAUGUUGCCAAGGCCACACAAACUACUGAGGAGACUCUGAAGAUGGUCAAGGAGUCUCAGCUGGGACAGGCGCUCAAUGCCAGGAUCACGGAGAGCGCAGAUGUGGCCAGCCAGUACACCGUGGCUCUCCGCAGUCAGCUGACUCCAUUGGCCCAAGACAUGUUGUCAAAAGUUUUCCAAGAAGCAGAGCUCCUCAGAGAGCGUCUGGCAGAGGAUGUGAGCUCUGCCAGAAGUAAACUGGAGCCCUACACCGAGGACCUGAAGGUCAAAAUUCAGGAGCGUGUGGAACAACUGAAGCAGGAGAUGGCCCCUUACGCAGAGUCCCUGGACACCGAGACCCUGAAGGCCACCGUGCUCCAGAAGAGCGAGGAGUUGAAGGGAAGCCUUGAGCAGAGCGUGAAGGAGCUGCAGUCCAAACUGGGUCCAUAUACAGAGGAUCUGAGGGAGAAAGUGGACCAGCGUCUGCAGGAGUUCCAGAAGAGCGUGGCUCCAAUGGCUGAGAACAUCCAGAACCAGAUGGUGCAGAGAGCAGAGAUGAUGCAGAAGAGCCUCAUACCUUACGCUGAAGACCUGAGGGAGAAGCUGGACCCCUACGCUCAGGACCUGAAGGCCAAGCUGGCUGCACUCUGGGAGUCCUUUGCCAAGGGCGAAUAAAGCGCAUUUAGAAACCUUCUGUUUAGACCAGCCUGCUCCUCAGUAUCAUAAAGUAUGUAACUGAAGAUGUUAUUAUCUAAUCAGCAUAUUGCACAAUACUAAUUCAUGUACUUUGGAAUGACCUCUUACAGCGAUUCGGAAUAUUAUCCUGC